AAAGGAACGCUGAGAGAUCGGUAGCCGUCUCUGCGGCGGGUCAGAAAGGCCCAACCCUGCCUGCUGUGGAACAGACCGCGCAGAACCGGGGCGGCAAACAGCGCCAGUAUGGAAUAUCGCGGUCAGAGCGCAGCGGCUCAGCGACCACCGGCGGUGCCCGCAGACCCCUCCACGAAGACCCUCUGAGGCGAACUGCGCAGGCUCGACUCGCUGCGUGCAUCCCGGGAAGCCCGGCAGAGCCGCGAGGCGGGGUCAUCCCGGCCGCAUCCCGCGGGUCUGGGUGACAGCUGCCGCAGCCGCCAUGUCGCACACCGGCAACAGCGGCGAGUCCUCGCCGGCCUCGCGCCGCCGCCGCCGCUCGCGCCCGCCGCACGCGCAGGAGGACAGGGCGGAGGAGGACACGGCGGAGGAGGAGACCGCGGAGGAGGCGGCGGCGGCGGGCGAGAGGCUCCGGCAGCUCGACAUCGGCGACGGCGACGACAGGGAGCACAACAGGAUGAUCCGGAGCCAGUAUCGGGAGCUCAUCUCCACCGUGCAGCAAAAUCGAGAAGCCAUGCUGAAUUCAAAAAGCAACAGGCUGACAGAAGCUUUGGAAGAAGCCAAUAGACUUUUUGAUGGAGUUUGCCGUGCACGAGAGGCUGCACUGGAUGCCCAGUUCCUUGUUAUAGCAUCCAAUAUAGGAAAGGAGAAGGCCAAUGAGUUACACUCAGAGAUGUCAGCAUUUGAUUCAACAGCAUUUGCAGAAGACUUGCUGACCUUCAUGGGUAUAAAUCGCACAGAAGUGGAAGAAACUGAUGACUCUGAGGAUGUUCCAGGUGCUUUUUUACCUAGUGAUGCCUGGCGGACAAUGGGAGAAGAAGCAUCCAAGUACUUCAGAAGAGCACCUACUUUUCACUACAUGAUGGGAUCUUUCAAGUCUGAGCCUCCUGCACCAAAGCAACGGAUUGAGAGGCAGAAGAAAGCUGGCAGAGGGAAAGCGGAACAGGCAAUGCCUGCUCAGUUAAAAAAAAUGGAAGAGUCUCAUCAAGAAGCUACAGAAAAAGAAGUAGAGAGGAUCUUGAGAAUACUGCAAACUCAUUUUGAAAAUGAUCCUAAUACACCCAUUUCCUUCUUUGAUUUUGUCAUGGAUCCGAACUCGUUUGCACGCACCGUGGAAAACGUGUUUCAUGUGUCCUUCCUUAUCAGGGAUGGUCUUGCAAAAAUAAAGCUGGAUGAAGAUGAAUUGCCAAUAAUAGAGCCUAUAAAACCCAGCGAGGGAGGGGAGGAGGACAGCAGAGCUGGAGCACGGAACCAGGUGGUCAUAAGUCUGGACCAGAGAGAAUGGAAGGAGAUCAUAGAAACAUUUCAGAUAAGAGAAGCCAUGAUUACACCUCUUUAUGAGAACACUGAAGAGGAAAUGGAGACAGAAUAACUAUUCAAGUGCCUUAAAGAAAAUACUUCAGAACAUUUGUUUCAACAAUUGUUUUAUAUGUAUAUCUUGUAAAAUUAAAUUUAUUUUUUCUGGAACAUC